AUGGCAAGUGAAGAGGAGUCAAUCGAGCAAGCUGCUGCAGCGCGUCGAGAGAUCAAGGCUUUGAGAGCUGCUCAGGAACUUCUAAACUCUCAGACGAUGAUUCAGUCCUCAAGCUGACGAUAAGGAACUGAUGAAGAAGGUGAAGAAAAUAACACCAACAUGAAAUUUCGAAAUUAUGUCCCUCAUGAUAAGCAGCUCCAGGAAGGUAAACUCGCUCCACCAGUGCUACCAAAGUUUGAAGACCCUAUUGCAGCAGAACCGCCUGCUCCAGAAAAGAAAGAGGAUCCAUUCGUCAACAUUGCUCCAAAGAAGCCAAAUUGGGACCUGCGGAGGGAUGUGCAAAAGAAGCUUGAUAAGCUUGAAAGGCGCACACAAAAGGCAAUAUAUAAAAUUAUGGAAGAACAAGAAAAAGAAAAGCAGUUGGCUGAAGAUGAAAGCGGAAAUGCAGUGGAAGAUUCAAAUUAGAAUCCAACAAAGCAAAACAUCUGCUGAAGAACCCCGAUGAUCAUUAACAAAUGACUGAGAACUACAGUUUGUUGACCUACCUCGAGGAACAACUUACAAUUAUAGUAGUGAAUUGGUCAACAUAAAACUUCUGAAACUUACGCACUUCACUUUUAUAAGAGUUGCUAUCUUUUCCAGUAAAUGUACUUAUGUAGUAUGUUUUGUCAGUAGAGUUGAUUACUGUAUGCAGGCUAUAUACAAAUACACAUUUUUGUCCGGAUUCUGACAUAGAUUGGAUGCAAUAUUAGAAUUUGAGCUGUUCAGUUA